AUGUUCAAGCAGGGUACCAGAACAUUAGCCACAGCUAACCUCUCGCUCGGACUUCCGCCUAAGUAUACUUUGGCAUCUGUCCGCAGCUUUCCCUCGUUGGAGCCACACGCGUACGUGCCAUAUCCAACGAAUUUCUUGAACCAACCUUUGAGAAGAGAUUUCUUGUGGAGCGCCGUGGUUUAUGAGGCAGACAAGGCUCGUGUUGGCUCAGGAUAUGUUCCUACAAAAGGAGACAAGUGGUUUUCGAACCGAAAGUUGCAUCCGCAGAAGGGUACGGGUCGUGCCAGAGUCGGUGAUGCCAACUCCCCAAUCAGAGACAAUGGUUUGAAAGCACAUGGUAUCAAGGCCCCCCACGACUGGUCCACACGUUUGCCACUGAAGAUUUACAGCCGGGCAUUCCAAACUGCUUUCAGUGACCAGUACAGAAACGGCAAGCUUUUUGUUAUUGGAGGAGCACAGGCCAAUGAAGGAGAGUCCAACGUGGUAGACUUCAAGUACGAGUAUCCUGACCAGAUGAGACAGUUUGUGGAGGCGCACGAUUUAGAGCAUUUGCACUUGUUGUUUAUUACCGACGGCCAGAGGGACAAUUUGUUGAAGGCAACUGCGGACAUGGGGAAGAAGUGUGAUGUUUUGGUCAAGGAGGCGGUUGAAGUGAGAGACUUGUUGAAGGCAAACCGGAUUUUCAUUGAGCAGUCGGCAUUGAACUGGUUUGUGAGUCAAUAUGAAACGAAGUAG